CUCUGUUCGCAGUACUCAACAGAGCUGAAGAAGUUGUACUGUCAGAUCGCCAAGACGUGUCCGAUCCAGAUCAAAGUGCUGACCAACCCCCCGCAGGGCGCCGUCAUCAGAGCCAUGCCCGUCUACAAGAAGGCGGAGCACGUGACGGAGGUCGUGAAGCGCUGCCCCAACCACGAGCUCAGCCGCGAGUUCAACGACGGUCAGAUCGCUCCUCCCAGCCACCUGAUCCGGGUGGAGGGGAACAACCACGCUCAGUACCUGGAGGACUCCAUCACCGGGAGGCAGAGCGUGUUUGUCCCAUACGAACCUCCACAGGUGGGCACAGAAUUCACCACAAUUUUGUACAACUUCAUGUGCAACUCGAGCUGCGUGGGGGGGAUGAACCGACGCCCGAUCCUCAUCAUCGUGACUCUGGAGACCCGAGAUGGUCAGGUGUUAGGCCGCCGCUGCUUCGAGGCCCGGAUCUGCGCCUGCCCGGGUCGAGACAGGAAGGCGGACGAGGACAGCAUCCGCAAGCAGCACGUGACGGACGGCUCCAAGAGCGGAGACGGUACGACGCUUUAUGAUAUAUUAGAACAUUAGGACAAUAUUAGAAAACUCGCACCGGCUUGAUCUUCAA